AUGGCGCCGCCGCCGCCUCACCCGGACCCAAGAUGGCGGCCGGAAGUGACGGCGCGGCGGAGCGGAAGAGGCGGAGCCGCGCGGGACGAGAUGGCGGAGCCGGGGAAGGGGCUGGUGAUCGACACGCUGCGGGAGGUGGAUCCCACCCGGAAGUGUUUCCGCAUGGUCGGGGGCGUGCUGGUGGAGAGAACGGUCAAGGAGGUGCUGCCCGCCCUGGAGAGCAACAGGGAGCAGAUCUCCAAGCUGAUCGAGGCUCUGGCGCAGCAGCUGCAGGCCAAGGGCCGGGAGCUCUCGGAAUUCCGGGAACGCCACAACAUCCGCCUGGUGGGGGAGGACGACCCCAAAUCCACCCCCAGGGACGGCCCCGAGGGGGGCAAGGGGGGCCCCGGGGGGGUCCUGGUGUCCUGACCCCCACCCCCCCAAAAAAAAAAAAAUUCCCAGAGGGAUUUGGGGUCGUUUUGGGGGGGGGUUGGGUAAUAAACGGGAGUUUGGGA